AUGGGUACACCUAUAAAAGAUGUGUCAAUACCAGAUAAUGCUCCUAAAGAAUUACUUCUCUCAAAACAUGCUGAUUAUAUUGGUGCAUAUGGGUCAAAGAAAGAUGACUAUGAAUAUGUGAUGACAGAAUAUCUGAGAAUGAAUGGUAUCUACUGGGGAUUGACUGCUAUGGAUCUAAUGGAUGAAUUAAAAAGAAUGAAUAAAGAAGAGGUACUGGUGUUUGUUAAGCAGUGUCAACAUGAGUCUGGUGGAAUUAGCUGUAGUGUAGGACAUGAUCCUCAUUUACUCUGUACCCUCAGUGCUAUACAGAUAUUGACCCUAUAUGAUGCUCAAGAUACUAUAGAUUGUGAUAAAGUUAUUAAAUGGGUACAGAGCUUACAGCAAGAUGAUGGUAGUUUCUAUGGUGAUAAAUGGGGAGAGGUAGAUACCAGGUUUUCAUUCUGUGCUGUGGCUUGUUUAUCAUUAUUGGGUAAACUAGACAGUAUUAAUGUAGAUAAAGCAGUAGAGUUUGUUGUAUCUUGUAUGAAUUUUGAUGGUGGUUUUGGAUGUCGACCUGGCAGUGAAUCACAUUCGGGUCAAAUAUAUUGUUGUGUUGGUAUGUUAGCUAUAACAGGACAGUUACACCAUAUCAACGCUGAUUUACUAGGUUGGUGGUUAUGUGAACGUCAGUUACCUUCAGGUGGUUUAAAUGGUCGUCCUGAGAAACUACCUGAUGUAUGUUAUUCAUGGUGGGUUUUAGCUUCUUUAAAAAUCAUCAAUAGACUACAGUGGAUAGAUAAGAAUAAAUUAAUAGAGUUUAUAUUAGCAUCACAAGAUGAAGAAACUGGAGGGUUUGCUGACCGGCCUGGUGAUAUGGUUGAUCCAUUUCAUACAUUAUUUGGUUUAGCUGGUUUAUCAUUACUGGGUAAUACUUCUAUCAAACCUGUUAAUCCAGUCUAUUGUAUGCCAGAGGAUACUAUUAGAAGAGUUGGGAUUCAGUUAGAUCUCUUAUGA